AUGUCUUUUUGCUCAUUCUUUGGAGGCGAGGUCUUUAAAGACCAUUUCAAGCCUGGUAUUUAUGUCUGCUCAAAGUGUGACCACCAGCUCUUCUCUAGUCGAUCCAAGUAUGACCACUCGUCUCCUUGGCCUGCAUUCACAGAGACUCUUCUUGAGAAUAGUGUGUCCAAGCAUGAAGAAAGACCUGGGGCAUACAAGGUGCGAUGUGGGAAAUGUGGCAACGGCCUGGGUCACGACAGCUCACUGAAGUUCAUCCCUAAAGACAAGGUUGACGGACAAUAA